AUAAGCCAGGAGAGUGCAAGCUAUUGCUCCUCUUUAGUCUUCGGGAAUACUCCAACUCGAGCCACACUGGGACGCAGGAGAGCCAGCUACUUUUGUCGAAAUGGCAAGUGAACGUUAGACGGUGAUCACUGACAGCAGAGGUUCCUCUUGAUUUAACCAAGACCACCAGACGACUUGUGUCGGUGGAGGCUAGGUCGACCUGUCUGCAGGCUUCAUUCAAGAUCAUCCCUCUCAUCUAAAAAUGGACUCUUAACGGCAGUGUACUCUACUAGAGAGACUGGACUGUUUUGAGGGGCUACAAUUUUCGACUCAACGAGGUCCAGUGCUCUCUCGUUGAGCCAGAUGCUGUGAGGAUGCAUCGUCAUGCUCAAAGAGAACCGCCAUCCUAGGAGGUUAUCGAGGUGAAGAACAUCCCACAACAAUAAUAUAGCGACUGCUUUACGUGAACGAUUCUGUCUUCUAUUCCACUAACAAUUCAAAGAAGGACACGAGUUUCGCCGAGUCGUAUUGGGACGUUGGAGUGCGGAUAAUAGGAAAAUUAUGCACAGUUUGUCCACGAUCGAACCUCCGUCAGCCUGACAAUAACUACUGAGAUCAUGGCGGAACAAGACACGCUGGACACUAGAGUUGCCCAACUCAAGAUUCAACUUGAAAAGAGUUUCCAGGGGCUCGUGAACCUACAGAAGCAGGAGACGGAACUUGUCCUGAACCAUUCCAGAGCGAAUGUUCGGAACAGCCUGUAUCCCAGAGUGCAGGAGAAGCUCCGACAGCAUUGGUUAGCCCUGGCAAAAAUUUUGAAGGAAGUGAACGAAACAUUGCUGGAGCUCAACGAAUGCAGCAUGGAUCCCUCGAGCAUGACAGUGAUGGACUACAUCCAGCUCCGCAUCGACGCAGAGCUCCAAGAGGGAAGGCCCGACUCCAAAGAAAGACUCCAGAUCCUGAGGGAAGCAAAGCGACAAGCCGAGAUCAUCUGCGGAACGAAUCGACCGAUCGGUCAAGUUAUGGAGAAAAAGGGACUGCAACAGAAACCAUCAAUCGAAAAAGUCGAGGAAAAAGGCCAACGGGAGCAGUAUCCGACUCCGGAUAACGUGGGAUUGCAACAUGACCGUUCCAAUAUCGAGUCUCACGUUCACAAGUAUGACGAGAAGAGACCCGUGUACAUGACAAAUUUCAAGGAAUUUCCUCCCAUGGACGAGAUAGGGCUCAAGACUUCCGAACCCAGAGAAAGUGAAGGAAUCUGGAAGACUUUUAGGAACAGCUUCAGGAAGAAGAAGAAUGUGGUCCACUCACGUGCAGCUUUUCAGCCUCAGGGUAUGAGGGGCCAAAAUCCUUCAUCCCCACCCCAUCGUGACCGAAAUCGGGAAGGACGCGGCGAGUUGGGGGAAUGUGUUGUUCUGUGA